GCGGCAUCCCCUUGGGAAAAGAAAAGAAAAACAAGGAGAGAAAGCUGUGGUUCUUUGUUUCUUCGAUUUGCUCUGUUCUUUUUCUUCUUUGCUCUCUGUUUGUGCAAAGAUAAAGAAGGUUUAGUCUCAAUGACGACUUCGCUUGGCAGAGAUCUAAUCUUCCUGAUCAUGCAGUUCCUCGAUGAAGAGAAGUUCAAGGAAACUGUUCACAUCCUUCAGCAGGAAUCAGGGCUGUUUUUCAGCGUGAAGCACUUUGCGGACCUGAUCCUCGGCGGAAAAUGGGAGGAGGUCGAGCAGUAUCUUUCUGGGUUCACUAAAGUUGAUGAUAAUCGUUAUUCCAUGAAGCUGUUUUUUGAAAUCCGCAAGCAAAAAUACUUGGAGGCAUUGGACAAGCUUGAUAGGACCAAGGCUCUCGAUAUCCUCACCAAGGAUCUUAAAGUUUUUUCCUCUUUUAAUGAGGAUUUAUUCAAGGAAAUCACUCAGCUCUUGACAUUAGAUAAUUUUAGGGAGAAUGAGCAACUAUCAACUUAUAGAGAUGCAAAGACAGCAAGAUCAAAUAUGUUGAUUGAGCUCAACAAGCUUAUUGAGGCAAAUCCUCUUUUAUGUGACAAGCUGCAGUUCCCUAACAUUAAAAAUUCGAGGUUGCGGAUGCUCAUUAAUCAAAGCUUAAACUGGCAACAUUCUCUUUGUCCAAAUCCUAGGCAAAAUCCUGAUAUCAGAACUCUUAUGGUGGAUCACAGUUGUAGAAAUUCUACUGAUCCAUACACGCAUCUAGCCUCAAGCAAUCAGCUUAUGGUUUCUGCACAAAGAACAGAAGGCUUCAUUCCAGUGUGUGCAAAUGGGUCAUUCCAACCUGCAUCAACAUCAGUUCAAGUUCCUUCAAAUGUGUGGGUGACAACUCCUUCAAGCAUGAAUCACCCAUUAGUUUCUGGAGGAGUUGGCCUUGGUGCUCAGUCAAAUCCCACUGCUGUGUCAAAGGGUCUCUCAGGGUCUGAUAUGUCAAUGGCAAUGGUUUCUGCAGUUUCUGACAGGAUUAUGCCACCGGGAAUGAAUCCCUCUCAGAAUGGUUUGCAAUUUAACAUGACUGAAGAAUUGCCCAAGACUGUUGCUCGCACAUUGAACCAAGGAUCAGUUACCACAAGCAUGGACUUUCAUCCUGUUCAACAAACUCUCCUUCUGGCUGGAACAAACAUUGGGGACAUAAGUUUGUGGGAAGUUAGUUCAAGAGAGAAAUUAAUUUCAAGAAACUUUCAGGUGUGGGAUAUUGGAGCAAGUUCGAUGGCAUUAAAGGCAGCUUUAAUCAAAGAUCCAUCUGUCUCAGUAAGACGUAUACUAUGGAGCCCUGAUGGUUCUUUGUUUGGAGUUGGAUAUUCUAAGCAUAUGCUGCAGUUGUACACUUAUUUUGGAGGGAAUGAUGUUCGACAACAUUUGGAGAUUGACUCUCAUGUUGGCGCUGUAAAUGAUCUAGCAUUUUGUAACCCCUCUAAGCAACUAUCGGUUAUUACUUGUGGUGAUGACAAGACCAUCAAGGUGUGGGACGUAGGUACUGGCGUGAAAUUAUACACAUUUGAAGGUCAUGAAGCUGCGGUACAUUCUGUCUGUCCUCAUUACAAAGAAAAUGUCCAUUUUUUCUUUUCAACAUCAGUGGAUGGCAAGAUAAAGGCAUGGUUAUAUGACAUGAUGGGAUCCAGGGUCGAUUACUAUGCUCCUGGUCGCUCCUGUGCAACAAUGGCCUAUACUGCUGAUGGAAAUAGGUUGUUCUCAUGUGGAACCACAAAAGAAGGGGAGUCCCACAUGGUUGAAUGGAAUGAAAAUGAAGGUACUGUGAAGAGAACCUACCAAGGAUUUUACAAACGUUCUUUGGGCGUUGUGCAAUUUGAUACUGCCAGGAACCGUUUCUUGGCAGCUGGUGAUGAUUAUUCAAUUAAAUUCUGGGAUAUGGAAAAUUGCAUUCUUUUAUUGACUGUUGAUGCUGAGGGAGGAUUACCGGCAAAUCCUCGUAUCCGUUUCAACAAGGAGGGUUCCUUAUUAGCUGUUUCUGCAAAUGAGAAUAAAAUAAAAAUUUUGGCGACUGUUGAUGGUCUUCGAUUGAUGCGAACAUAUGAAACUCAUUCCCAUGUUGCUCCAAGACCACCUCCAUCUGAUGCUUCAGCAAUGAAUGGUGACUCAAAAAAGUCGGAGGAUACAAGAGCGAAAUCAACGGAAGAAGUAAACCCAGUAAGAGCAUGCCAACUCACUGAAAUUAGGACACCUGCUCAAUUUCGUGCUCUCAAACUCUCAGCUCGUUUCCAAACAGAUAAGAUCGGAAGGUUGAUUUAUACUAAUUCAGGUAAUGCCCUUUUGGCAUUAGCAUUUAACGCCGUUCAUUUACUGUGGAAAUGGCCACAAAGUGGGAAGGCAACAACAAAGGUUACCCCUCAACUAGUGCAACCAGCAUCAGGCAUAUUGAUGACCAAUCAUCUUAUCGAGGGUAACUCGGUUGAAACUGUGCCAUGUUUUGCAUUGUCCAAGAAUGACUCCUACAUCAUGUCUGCAUCAGGAGGCAAAAUUUCAUUGUUCAACAUGAUGUCAUUUAAGAAAAUGAUAACAUUCAUGUCUCCACCACCUGUGGCAACAUAUCUUGCUUUUCACCCUCAAGAUAACAAUAUAAUCGCUAUUGGCAUGGAUGAUUCCACAGUUUACAUAUACAAUGUUCGUCUAGACGAGGUCAAGAGCAAGCUUAAGGGUCACUCUAAGAAAGUCACUGGUCUUGCCUUUUCCCAUCUGUUGAAUAUACUUGUUUCUUCUGGAGCUGAUGCUCAGAUCAUUGUAUGGGACUUGAAUAAUUGGGAAAGGAAGAAUGGUUGUUUCUUGCAAACUCCAGCAGGAACGACGCCGACCGCAAGGUCAGACACCCAGAUUCAGUUUCAGCAGGAUCAGACACAUUUGCUGGCUGUAAACUCAACUCAACUCGCCAUAUAUGAUGUGAGGAAACUGGAGAGUAUAAAGCAGUUGGCCAUAGGAGAAUCUUAUGCACCAAUCACCCAUGGAAUAUUUUCAUGUGAUAGCCAGUUGGUGUACACCAGUUUCAUGGAUGGAACGGUGCGCAUAUUCGGUGCCUCAAACCUUCAAUUACAGCGCCAGAUAAAUCCCACUGCUUAUAUGGCAUCCGAUGUCAGCUCAACUGUUCAUCCACUUGCAGUUGCUGCCCAUCCCCAAGAACCCAACCAGUUUGCCAUAGGCCAAACCGAUGGCAGCGUUUAUGUGUUUGAACCAAUUGAAUCCGAGGGCAAAUGGGAUGUUGUGUCCCAACUGCAACGCAUUGAGAAUGGAUCUGCAAGUACCAUUGCUCCGCAAUCUGCAGUCUCGGAUCAACCCAAACCCCAACCUCAGUGCUGAUAUAUCUGCUUUGCUCUAUCUAACUCUUGAAUGUAUAAUUAGGUCAUAUAGUUCUUUCUUAAUGUAAAACCUGGUAGACAGCUAGACUUUUAUAUUUUUCCUAAAUGAAACUUGAUUUCUCCUUCUAAACUGGUAUUUUCAUUUAGUUAGUGUUUCAUU